GGGAGGCCGGGCAGGACAGGCAGAAGGCGAGGGGCCGGCUGCUGGCCACCAUGGACCUCCUGUGCCUGGCGCUGCUGCUGGGCUGCCUCUGUGGGUCCUUCGCAGCUGAAGAGUCCUGCGAGGGCCGCUGUGACAAGGGCUUUGACAGCCAGAAGAAGUGCCAGUGCGAUGACCUCUGCCUGUAUUACCAGAGCUGCUGCAUCGACUAUGCCAGCGUCUGCAAAGUCAAAGUGACCCGUGGGGACGUCUUUCUCCAGCCAGAGGACGACUACCAGGAUUACUACGACUUGCCCAACGCCACGGACCCAGUGCCCACCCCCUCCCACACAGAGGCCACCGAGAACCCUGUGGAGGAGCAGGCCGCCACAGAUUAUAAUGCCUGGACAGAAGAUGAGGAGUGGUUUGUGGGCCCCACGGAGGCCACCACGGCCCUGCCAGGGGAGGAGGAGAAGGAGGAGAAGGAGACCCUGUGCAGCGGGAAGCCCUUCGACGCCUUCACCAGCCUGAAGAACGGCUCCAUCUUCGCUUUCCGAGGCAAGUACCUGUACGAGCUGGACGAGAAGAGCGCCCGGCCGGGCUACCCCAAGCUGAUCCGGGACGUCUGGGGCAUCGACGGCCCCAUCGACGCCGCCUUCACCCGCGUCAACUGCCAGGGCAAGACUUACCUCUUCCAGGGCAGCCGCUACUGGCGCUUCGACGAGGGCCGCCUGGAGGCCGAUUUCCCCCGCAACAUCUCCGAGGGCUUCGGCGGCAUCCCCGACCACCUGGACGCCGCCCUCGCCCUGCCCGCCCAGGACUACCUGGCCAGCGAGCGCGUCUACUUCUUCAAAGGGAGCCGCUACUGGUCCUACGACUUCGCCCACCAGCCCAGCCGCGCCGAGUGCGAGCAGACGAGCCCCUCGCUGGUCUUCGGGCACUACGCGGGGCUGAAGCAGGACAGCUGGGAGGAGGUCUUCCGCCUGCUCUUCGGGGGCGGCCGCCCAGGUGAGGCCAGCCGAGCGCGCUUGACCGGGCGCGACUGGCGCGGGCUGCCCUCCCGGCUGGACGCUGCCAUGCUGGGCAGGAUCUACGUGGCGCAGAGCCCCUCCGGCCCGGCCCCCCGCCGCAGGGCCUCCCGCCGCCGCCACCGCAAGAAGUACCAGCGGCGGCAGCGCUGGGGCCGCUGGGACGCUUUCUGGGAGCCCCUGGGCGGCAUCAGCUCCGAGUCCUCGGACAGCGACUGGCUGCUCCCCCCCUGCCAGCCCGCCCAGAGCGCCUACUUCUUCGUGGACGACAAGUACUACCGGGUCAACCUGCACACGCAACGGGUGGACUGGGCCUAUCCCAGGUACCCCCGCCCCAUCGCCAAAUACUGGCUGGGCUGCCCCUCCGAGGACGUGCUCUGAGCUCCGCCAAGGAGCCCCCGGGACUUGCUGACCAGCCCAAUAAAGCCUCCCUCCCACCCA